GCAAUUCCGACACUACACAAUAAUAAAAUUUCCCUUUUAGCGGCAGUAAACGUAGCUGCUGUGCGGAGAGAAGUUUCGCCGCAGAGUUCACUUCACUGGCUUGUCCGGUCGGGAUUAGGAGAGCGUUAGACACGAGGCCUGUGCGUCUCCGCAGUAAUCAUGGUAAUGCCCUCAACCGACCAGACGUUACGACCAGGCCUGACAGCACUACUUCUGUUCGCAGUUGCGGCCUGGUUUGCCAAUGGCCAUCCGCAAUGCACGGACUUCAGGCCACCAUUCCAACCCACCAGACCAUUACUGCAUUGCCCUCAGUACACGGCCAGCGCAUGCUGCACCGGAGAGCAGGAUGCGAAGCUCGGCCAGGAAUUUGACCGCUUCCUGGCCUCCUGGUCGAGCAGUGACCGAACGGAUGACCACCAAGUGGAUUCCAGCGGGGAUGCGGGAUCGCGAACAGCAGAUUCGGUGCCUCGGGUAAACCGUGAGUUGAAUGAGAGAUGCAGGCUUUACCUGCGUUCGUUGCAAUGUUUGGCGUGCUCACCGUUUGCCGCACAUGCAUACGAUGUGGAGGCGACAGGGGAGGAACUCGACGACACUCGAGGCCGAGUCCCCGCUUUGUGCUAUGGCAUGUGCAGAGAUCUGGUGAACGAAUGUGGUCUUCCGGUUCUUCGAAUGUUCUUCAACCUCGGUGAAGAGGACGACUCUGCCCAGGAUGCCUCUACCAACCACAGCAGGACCACCACCAGCAGCAGCAGUAUAAAUGGCGACGCCAGGGCUGGACCGCUGUUCUGUAGCAAAUGGAGUUUGAAUGACAAGAUCUACUGCUAUCCCAACAUCAACUACACUGAACGAGGUCAACUGCCACCUGACGUGACAGACGGGCGAGGGAAUUCCCCUUCUGGACAGGCGGGUGCAGGUGAUGAUGACAGCGACUGUCUAUGCGUGGAAGAGGUUGCUAGCGACCUGGUAAACCCACUUACAUUCACCAGCAGCAAAGAUGGCACAGGGCGAAUGUUCAUAGGUGAACAGAAAGGCAUCAUCAAGGUCAUGACAAAGACGGGUAAGGUAUUGGGCGAGCCAUAUUUGGACAUCACCAGAUCAGUGGGUACGCAUAAUGGGCGUGGGGAUGAGCGCGGACUGCUCGGUCUGGAGUUUCAUCCGAAUUUCAAGUGGAACAGCAAAUUCUACACAUACUACAGCCACUACACACGGUCUGGUAAGCAUUACAGCCGCGUGUCCGAGUGGACGCAGUCGAGAGACAACGCUAACCUGGCCAAUCACUCGUCAGAGAGGAUCGUGCUGCAGUUCACUCAGCCGCAGAGCAACCACAACGGCGGACAGGUGACGUUCGGUCCCGACGGCUAUCUCUACGUGUUUUCCGGUGACGGCGGCGGGGCAGGCGACAAACAUGGAGAGAAUGGCAAUGCACAGGAUAUGUCCAAUCUCCUGGGGAAAGUACUGCGCAUUGAUGUGAAUGUCAAUCAUCCCCAAGCAUUGUACGCUGUGCCAUACGACAACCCAUUCACAGGCCUGGCAAACACUCGGUCAGAGAUCUACGCCUACGGUCUGCGUAAUCCCUGGAGGUGUUCAUUUGAUCGUGGAAAUGCGCUAACCGGCUCCGGUGCCGGUAGACUAUUCUGUGGAGAUGUUGGCCAGCGGAAACGAGAGGAAAUCGACCUGAUUGUGAAGGGCGGAAACUAUGGCUGGCGUGGCCUGGAGGGCAAUCUCUGCUAUGACAAGAAGCUCUGCAAGCAAUUGCGUGAGACAUCGGUUCUUCCGAUCCAUGAUUACGGCCGUGACAUUGGUCGGUCGGUGACGGGUGGGUACGUGUACCGUGGCUGUCAGUGGCCCAACAUGGAGGGACGGUACUUCUACGGGGAUUACUCCAGCGGGAAGCUGUUCUCCCUGAGCGAGGAUCCGCAGAGUCCGACAGGCUGGGUGAACCGGGAGGUUUGCCUCGGGUCCAGUAAAACAUGCACUAACCGUAUGACGGGACAGUUACCUCGCGCCAUUCUGUCUUUCGGAGAAGAUGAGCAAGGUGAAAUCUACAUUCUUGCCGCUCCAUCUCACAGAGAUGAGCCAGUUGGUAAAAUAUUCAGAUUGGUGGAUCCAAGAAGACGUUCUGAUCCGAGCACAUGCCAGGAAAGUGAGCUACGGAAACAGGUCGUCACAACUACGCCACCCCCGCUAGCACCCACAGUUCCACCACAAGCACGGACGCCGCCACCGACUCCUCAGCAAGUGAUCGCAACUACGACAGCACCUCCUCCAGUCACCCUCGGUGCAGAAGAUGCAAGGAAGUGUGAAACAUGCCUUAGUCACCAGGGUCUGCACUGGGAACUGCGGCUGGGCGAGAUCUGCACCAGGAACCACACUCAUUACUUCAAAGCGCGGAUUGUAUUCCAGGAUAACAACUUUGGAAGGGAAGGACUUCUGCUGGUGAAGAUCCUGGAAUGGUUUGGCUCUCGACCCCAGGGCCUCAAUAGCUCCGACGAGCGACCAUCCAAUGUCUUCGUCUGGGUGCUCAAAGAAGCAGCUGCGUGUGGCUGUAUGGAAUUUACGGUUGGUGAGACAUACCUGAUCAUGGCCAGGUCGCGGCACAACACAUUCCUAUUGGACUUUGAGACAAUCAAGAUCAACUGGCAACCCAUCACCGGUGUUCUGAUGCAGGCCUAUCUAGCCAUCAAGAACCGCUUCUGCAGCUAGGCACUAUUGCUAGGCACCGUUGCUAGGCACCGUUGCUAGGCACAGUUGCUAGGCACUGUUCCUAGGCACUGUUCCUAGGCACUGUGUUGCUAGGCACCGUUGCUAGGCACAGUUGCUAGGCACUGUUCCUUGGCACUGUUCCUAGGCACUGUUGCUAGGCACUGCCGGUUGACACGGGACAACUCAUCGCCUGGACAGUCUGUGCGCUGUGGAGAACGUGAACACAAAAGCAUGAGAAACUAAAAGAUCUAGUUGAGUGAAUACAGAUUCUUUGUGCAAUGUGAUGGCUUUCAAAUAAUAGCAUCAAACGAUAAUAAUUAUUUUUGGAUUGAAAAAUCCUGCUGUUGAUACGGUUGAAUCUUCAAGUUCUACAUGUUAAAAAGGAGCACAUUUCUAAAGUAACUCUUGCCAUCCCGU